UCGGUUGUCUGACACUCACAGAAGGACAUUUCCAUUGGUCAGUGUCUAAAGGGCUGGACUCUGUGAACUCUAUUGUUUCUUAUAAGAUUAAAGAAUCUGCUUUUCUUGCAGCUGAACGUCUCAGUAACUCAUACAAGUGGUCUGCUCUUGUGUCACCUACAUUAAGACUCCAGAUAUUCAAGAUCACCAUGGAUCAUCCUUCGGAUUUUGAAUCAUUUAAAAAUGAAAUUAAAGCAGCUCUACAAAACAAUGAUCAAGCCUUAGCUGCUGCAAAGAUCCAGCAGUAUUUGGUUCAGGAGAAUAAAAUUCCAUUAAAUAUUGCCAUCACAGGAGAGUCUGGCUCUGGUAAAUCCUCCUUUGUUAAUGCCUUUAGAGGCAUGGAGAAUGGGGAUGAGGGAGCCGCUCCUACUGGUUGUGUAGAAACCACCUUGGAGGUUACACCAUACCCCCAUCCAAACUUUCCCAAUGUUACACUGUGGGAUCUUCCUGGCAUUGGCUCCACCAGUUUUCCAGCUGACGAGUACCUGGAGCAUGUUGGAUUUGAGAAGUUUGACUUCUUCAUCAUCAUCUCAGACACUCGCUUCAGAGAAAAUGAUGUGAAGCUCACUCGGGAGAUUCAGAGGAUGAAGAAAAAGUUCUACUUUGUUCGCUCAAAGACUGACGAAAACAUACGUAAUGAGGGACGAAGUCAGAGGGAGUUCAACGCGGAAAGGACUCUUGCACAAAUCAGGGAAAACUGCAUUCAAGGUCUUCAAAAACAAGGUGUUGAGUCUCCACAAGUCUUCCUGGUGUCCAACUUUGAACUUCACCUGUAUGAUUUCCAUCAGUUGGAGGAAACUCUAGAGAGAGAUCUCCCAGCUCACAAGAGGAAUGCUCUGCUGUUUGCCAUGCCCAAUGUCAGCCUGGAGAUCAUCAACAAGAAGAAAAAGGCUUUCCAGGCCCAAAUCAAAUACAUUGCUCUUGGAUCUGCAGCUGUAGCAGCUGUACCACUUCCUGGGCUUUCUAUUGUUGUAGAUGUAGCCCUGCUGGUUGAUGCUGUCACACAAUACGUAGUUGGGUUUGGUCUUGAUUCCUGGUCAGUGCAGAGACUUGCUGAUACUACACAUGUGCCACUGAAGGAUCUGACUGACAUCAUUGUUUCACCUCUGGCUCUAACAAAAAUAACCCCUGAUCUUGUCAUUAAGCUUUGUUGUCAAUUUGGAAUAACAUCUGCAAUAAUAGCAGCAGAGGAAGCGACAAGAUUCAUUCCAAUAUUUGGAAUCCCAUUAGCAAUGACCUUCUCUUUUACCUCCACCUAUAAAAUUCUCUAUACUUUCCUCAACAUGCUUGCUGAGGAUGCACAGAGGGUGUUUACAAAGGCACUGGGUUUGAACACCUCAGUGUGAUUUUGAAAAUGGAGUGGCAGUGGCAUUAAAUGAGACAUUUAAAACGUCAGUGUACAAAAAAAAACUUUUGUAUUCAAACAUUGUAUGCAAUGUUUUUAUAAAUAAUGUAUAAAAAUCAUAGUUUUGUAUUCUCAAUGCACAUUUUUAGAAAACAUGCAUAAUCAGGUUUUGCAGUUGAUCACUCCAUCCAGUGGCCACUAUAAAUGUAGGUGUUAUUCAAUUCAAAUUAGCUUUAUUGGCAUGAAUGUAAUAACAACAUUGCCAAAGCAUCAUAUAUACACAACAUAAGAACAAUCAGCCCCAUACAUUUCAUUAAA